AUGGACUUCGAAGCUCUGAAGAAUGUGAAUACUUUUGUUGCAAGCAGAGAGCUUCAUUUACAAGUUCCGGUAGUGCUUGACCGAAGGAGCAUUGUGGGUUCUUGCAACGGCUUGAUAUGUCUGAAAGGAAACAAUGGCGACUUUUUCUUAUGGAACCCGUGUACUAGAGAUACCCUGAAGUUGCCAGGAAAUACUAAUUUUCCUUCGAGUCCAAUGUUUUAUGGAUUCGGUUGUGAUUCCACCAUAGAAGAUUACAAGGUUAUACUGGGUGGCUCAUCUAGAAAUGCAAGUGGUUUGCUUACAACCACAAUCAUGAUCACCUUUACUCUAAGAACAGGUUCGUGGAGGAAUGUUCAAGACCUUAACUAUGUUAGAUUGAAUGGGCAGGGGUGCUUGCUAAAUGAAGCUCUGCAUUGGGUAGAGUCUGUAUGGAGACCACGAGAGAUUUUGUUGGUGGGCUAG